AGGUGAUGACAAUAGGUAACCAUACACAUUGCUCGGUCAACAAAAAAGCCACAGAAGAUUCUACUUUGUGAAUGGAGACGGGACAUUGAUGAUAUGAUUGUGGUAAGUUAAAUCAAUCAAAGCUCUUAAUUCCUUUUUUGUUUCACAUGAAUGCUGCAGGUUCAGAGGUGAAAUUUGCCGAAGAAUUUAAUCAUCCAAAGGUAUCCAGAGAGGAUUCUCUUUUGUGGUUGGCGGCGAGAUAUGGAAGAUAUGAUAAUGGUGUUAGAAGCCUUCUUAGCUCCUGGUUCAGAGUUGUGGAUGUUCAAUGAAGUCUCAGAAAAGGAGAGAGACAUGAAGCUUACUGAUGGUGGUCUUGAUGUCACUAGGUUGGAGAAUAUUGCACUUGUAAACCGUGAAGGGAAUGCUGUAAUAAGACGCCAUCUAGAAAGCCUUCCCCGUGAAGGGAAUCUUGCUUUGAACGCCGUUUAUGCCAUUGGAACAAAUGGGAAGAAGACAUCCAUCAUAUGAAUGGACACUUUUACCCCUGCUUUUAACGUCAAACUAACAGCAAAUUCACGGAAGGACUACUACUGGAACAAAUUUGAAA